AUGGCACUGGUCAGCAGCGGGACCUAUGUUAGUUCGCAAGGACCCGUUGCAGUCAAGGAUCAAGGCCCGACGGCAACAACAACGUGGGCACUGAGUCCCCUGGACCAGCACAUGUCCAACAUCUAUGUGCGGCUGAUGUACUUUAUCUCCUUCGAAGAUGUAUCAGCCGAAGGUAUCCAUGACGCGACAAGCCGACUGUGCGUGGCCCUCGACGCAAGUCUUGACCGAUGGCCAUUCUUGGCCGGCAUGGUGUGCCCGGCGCCGUCAACAACCAAUGCUGGGGCGGUACAGUUAAAGUACCAGCUGCCCCGACGAACGGCAGUCGCUGGCGACCGCCACCGUCACCCUGAUCCGGGUAUCUUUCGAGCUCAGAUCGUAUGGUAUGACGACUGGCCGCAUCGUUACGACGACUUCGCCAGCAGUGGUGGUCCCGACCCGAACAUGUGUCAGAAGGAGAUCUUCUCCAUCUCCGUCAAGCAUCCCGUGCCUGGCGAGGUCAACCCGCCGCUGACCUUGACCGCCAGUUUUCUGGAGCACGGCGGUUUGGUACUGUGUUUCGCUCGAUCUGAAGAACACAUUUCGAAGGGAGGUGCCCGAGAUGUGGAAUCUGGCCAGGCAUGCAGAGCCCCUGGGCGGUCUGUUGAGCAAGCAUUCGGCCCAGCGAUCAACGUCCAGGAGUUCUCGCCAAUUGAUCAUGCACAGGACUCUGCCAUCGGGCAAGACCUGUCGGAUAAUAACGUUGGACGGGGAAAAGGUAUCGAACCUGAAGAGAGUGUCGAUGCACGAAAGCGCGUCCAUGGUAUUUCAUCCACGUUCUUCGGCAAUAUGUUCGUCCAAGCCCAUGCGAGAGCCAAUCUGGGAGAGCUUGUAGGUGCGAGGAAACGACCUGCAUGCAAGACACCACCUCGCCGACGAUCCGAUGCCCAGGAUAGGGACGACGAUGAGGCUCUGCGACCCCCAGCCGGCAUGCAACAUCCGGGCAUCCUUGCAGCAGCAGCGGUUCGCAUCCACGCUGCUGUGCUGGGUGUCGACGACGCAUAUGUCGGUCGUCGGUUCGCCAAUCUGGCACGGCACCAGUCGAAACUGACGAGUCAGGAAGACACCGAUGCUGCCAACACGGGUGUCGACUUCAGCUCUUGGGCCACGCUUGGGGGUGGGAUCGACUUUGGCCUGCCGGGGUCUGGAGGUCGACCGGACUGGGUCCGCAAGACAUGGUCUUGCAACCCCGGCGCUGCCAACGUCUUGCCCCGGACGGGUAUCGGCAGCGAUUGGGAACUGUUGCUGAGUCUUGAGGAGGUGGAGAUGGAACAGGUGUGGCGCCAUGAGGAACUAGGGGCGUGGAUGAAGGAAAGCGAGGAAGGGAAAUGGCGGUGA